AUGAUUGAGCUCUCUAGCGCUCUCGUUCUCUUGUUCCUCACAUUCGCACCUCUUGCUGCCCUGCGCACGUUCCGUCGCCUCCAACACAACUCCUCCAGGCUUCCUUACCCACCAGGACCACCUCCCCGUUUCAUCCUGGGAAACCUUUUUGAUUUACCGAAGGCCCGCACGCAUUUAAUAUUGGCGGAAUGGUCUAAACGCUAUAACAGCGACAUCGUGUCGUAUCACGUUCCGGGCGAGCAUACAAUCGUCAUCAACUCUGCCAAAGCGGCGAAGGAGCUAUUUGAGCGACGAUCGACCAUUUACUCGGAUAGACCGCACUUCGAGAUGGUAUAUCUUACCGGCUGGGACUUCAAUAUUACCUGGAUGCCUUAUUCUGAUUCAUGGCGCGCCCAUAGGCGUGUCAUUCAUCAACACUUCCGCCAAGAGGCCGUAGUAGGCUAUUAUCCUCUUCUUACCUCGCGUAACAAGCGCCUUUUGCGGAGUCUUUUGGCAGAUCCAAACACAGCAGUGGAACAGAUGAAGCACCUAUCGUUGAAGCUUGCAUAUAAUCGUGAGGCCAGCCUCAACGGAGAUCCAUUGAUUCAGAAAGUGGAGAAUGCAGUGUCUGUGCUUGGUCAAAUCGUCACCCCGGGAAUCUUCCUCGUGAAUACUUAUUCGUUUUUGAAAUACUUUCCCGAAUGGGUUCCCGGAAUCAAGGACUUCAAGGAUUACGCACGAGAGUGCAAGGUAUUGACUACCGAGAUUGAGUACGGGUUGUUCAACGAGACGAAACAAAACAUGGGAAAUGGAAACCCUCCGAAUUCUCUACUCGCAAAGGUUCUCGACAACAACAAGGAUGGUGAGUUUGGAGAGUAUGUGAUAAGGCGCAGCUUUGCUACCAUACACAUAGUCGGGGGCACUAAGACCGCGCCCGACGCUCAGUCUAUGGCGGCUUUAACAGGCGCCAUCAUGGCCCUGGUCCAUCAUCCAGACGUUCAAGCCCGGGGUCAGGCCGAAAUGGACAAAGUAAUCGGCAGAGAUAGGCUACCCGAUUUGGCCGACAGAGAACAACUACCGUACAUCUCCGCGAUCUGUAGAGAGGUGAUGCGAUGGAGGUUGAUCGCACCAUUGGCAGGGAGCCAUGCCACAUCAAGUGACGACGUUUAUAACGGCUAUUUCAUCCCUAAAGGUUCUACAGUUGUUGGAAACGCUUGGGCCAUCCUGCACGACCCCGAGGUCUAUCCUGAUCCAGAACGGUUUCUUCCUGAGAGAUUCAUCACACCCGAAGGGAAACUCUCAAAAGACGAAGUACUAGCGUCCUUUGGUUACGGACGAAGGAUAUGUCCCGGAAGGUAUCUAGCAUUUGCUACGUUGUGGUCUGCAGUAGCCUGUAUCCUAGCCGUGUUCGAUAUAGUGAAGGCUAAGGAUGAGGAUGGGAAUGAGGUCGAAGUUAAUACCGAAUACGUCGACAGUGGUGUCAGCCACCCGGAGCCAUUUGAAUGCGCUGUACGGCCAAGAGACCCCAAAGCCGAGGAUUUGGUGAGGAAUCUCGAAAUUAGUGACUCAAACUUGUGA